AAUCACCAAGCGCAGGCCACUCCCGACGACGUCACUUCCACAAAUUCGAAAACAUGGCGCCAGGCUCGACGUUCGUAUGGACCGACAAUGAGACGGAGUUGCUUCUGAACGCGGUUUUGGAGUAUAAAACAACCAAGGCAAAUGAAAAUGUCAAUUGGGAAUCUUGCAAGUACAGGUACGUGGACAUACUGAAACUAUUUAUUCAGCAAUAUCCUGCAAAGACUUCCAAUGAGUUUCCCCGUGGAAGGGGAGAGCUAACGCGUGGUACACUGACCAGCAAGGUUAAGGCAAUCAGGAUUAAAUAUCGCAUGGCUGUUGAAAGCGGACGCAGGAGCGGCCAUGGAAGAGUCGUUUAUCUUUAUUUUGAAUUGUGUGAACGAAUAUGGGGUAGUUCCUCCACCAACACAACCAUGUCGUGUAGCACGGAAACAAAUAGCCCACUUAUUGCCUCGGCUUCUACGUCACCCUCGUGCAUCAUGGAGACUACAGACCCAGUGUCAGACUCUGAGCAGCAGAGAAGUGCUACGAUCGCAGUGAAAGAAAGGAGAAACCUGCUCCGAACUGACCUGAAUAGACACUGGCAUGAUCGUUUCAAGAGAAAGCUCCAAGAUGCCGUUGAAGAAGAUCUUCGCAUAAAGAAAAAAAUGUUGGUGUUUCUGGAAACAUCAGAAAAGCAAGCAGCUGAUCAUUUUGCCAAAAUUACAGAUACGCUUGGCAUGCUCACUACAUCCAUUGCUGAGGGUUUUUCUCUCCUAAAACAAGUUGUGCAGCCUCCAGCACAAUCUUCAUGUUACAUGCCAUCCGAAGCAAGAGGGCACAAUUUUUCGCAAAUGCAAUCUUUCCAGGCAAUUACCUCAAAUCAAGAAUUUAAUUCAUUCUCAGGCAACACAGCUUCUUUUGGAGGAACACAACAGAAUGCAAUCAGCGUCUUCAACACACACGAUGCAUCCCAUUCCGGGAAUCCUGCUGACAGCACAGGGCUCAUAGGGUUCUCCUAUACCGAAGCCCUUUACAGUGAUGAUUAAUAAAUGCUACAUUGAUGGUAAAUGGUAACUGUAUUCCUAAUGUUAUGGCAUUGAGAUUAAUAUGUAAAAUGCAAAGUUUUAACGACUGUUUACAAAUAUGCAUGCUCUAACAUCUGUAUAAUGUUUGUUUAAAUGGACACUGCUGAAGAUAUAUACUGGAGAGUGUUUUUAUUUGCACAAAAUACCUUUAUUUUUCAAGUUUUACUGUGUUUUUAUUAGUAUUAUUUAUUUAUUGUCAUCAUCAUCGGUAUCAUUGACAGUUACAAGAUGUGAUACGACUAACCCGAAGAAAGAAAGAACCGAAAAGACAAGGGCUGACGGGAGAAGCAUAUGCUUAUCAAGUCCCGUCCCCUACAGCCAAGGACGCACAAUCAAAACAUGGUAGAGUAGGCAUUGCACAUUGCAUUACAUGAGCUUUUUUUUGGUGUCUUCACAUGAAUUUUCUUCCCAAAAGUUAUUGAUUGGCCAUAACACUUAGGUAAAGUUGUCGAUUAGUUGCGAGUUCAUCGAUUGGGGUGAUUGUCAGAUUUGUGUCGGGAGGAAUAGCCGUGCUUUAUAUAGACAUCGGGGACAGUUUGCACAUUUGCCUUCAAAUUCUCACUGAAAAGCAUAAUGAUUGUUUUUUUUUCUUCAUAAUUAUUAUUAGCCAAUGUUCUCUCCUGAAAAUUUGGUCAGUGCUCUGAUGAGGUCAAGUUCACCCUGUUCAAGGCCUAUUGUACUCCCCUCUAAACUGUGCAUCUGUGGUCAAAUUGUAAUAAAGUUUUCAGAAACUGCAAGUCACAUACAAAGAUUCUCUGAGAAUGUGGUUGAAUAGGCCCAGGUGGUGCAGUGCCUCUGAAAUGUUUUUUUUUGCUGCUUGGGUGAAUACUCUCCAGGCCCUCCUAAAAGUGCGGAUGUUUAAUUUCAUUGAUCGUUUGAAGGGUUCUAAAAAUGGGAUUGUCUUGGGCCUGACUAACAUUUUGCAGUUCUACACGCUGCUUGUCACUGUUCUGGAAACACUGGUAUAGGUGCCUUUUUAAAAGUGGUUCACUAGGUGACCUAGUUUUGUAUCACUGUAGUUUACCUCAUUUUGUUUUUUUGUUUUUAGGUUUGGUAAAUCCUUUCCCUGUAUUAUAUGGUUGUUGCCUGGACCUUGAGUCUGUUAAUAAAGCAAUCUAAUAAAGAAAUGUGUGCAGUGUUUGAACGUAUGACUGUUUUAAUGUUAUUUGUGAUUGAAAUGCUCAA